GUGCUCGAUGCGCAGUGGAGAAUGGCUGCUUGUCGGUCCUGUUAUGACUGCGAGGUCCAGUUUCAAUCACUGGCGUCAGACAGGCGCAGGACCCCCUAACUUAAACCCUUCACCCAUUUUAAUAUUUCGUAUUUAAUUAUGAAUCGGAUAACUAUACUCUCAGUGAACGUCGAGGGCUGAUCCCUUAACAACGUUUCACGAUAUUGAAAUAAAAUGUUACAACGGAUGGUGUUGAUACACGUCAUUUUUUGAGACUCGCUCGGGAUUGGACACAAUAUUUUGCGGAUGGAGGAUUUAACUAAUAUGCAUGUAAUGGAUAGUAGUGAUCAACUUUAAAGUUUGCGUCGGUAGGCGUUGAUCGGACCCGGGUCGGUUUGACGCGGUUAACGUCGAAACAUUGAUCCGCCGUCGACGAUCUGCCCUCUUCAGAGCUCUGCGAAUAUGAUGAUGUCAUCGACGCCACUUUUUCCUGAAGUUAUGGCGGAGCGCAACUUUCUAACUCGUUCUGACUAUUAAGAGCACUCUUCUCGCUAAUGGAGCACCUUCAGUGCGCGUGGAAGACCCUGAGCAACGGCUUUGGAAUGAAGGACUCUGUGUUCGAGGGCCCCUGCCAUUCCCCUACCAUGGUCCAAGGCUUCCCCUACCAGCGCCGCUCCUCAGACGACGGCAAGAUGCCUGACUCAAAGGCCAGCAGCACAAUCCGCGUGUACCUCCCCAACCAGCAGCGCACCGUGGUAAACGUGCGACCAGGUCUAACCCUGCACAGCUGCCUCAUCAAGGCUCUGAAGGUGCGCGGGUUGCAGCCGGAGUGCUGUGCCGUCUUCAGACUGCACCCGGGCCAGAGGAAUAAAAAAUUCCGGAUGGAUUGGAAUACCGACUCCACAUCGCUGAUCGGGGAAGAGCUGCUGGUGGAAGUUUUGGAUCACGUUCCUCUCACCACGCACAAUUUUGUUAGAAAAACAUUUCUCAAGUUGGCCUUCUGUGACAUUUGCCAGAAGUUUCUUUUGAAUGGUUUCCGUUGCCAAACGUGUGGCUACAAAUUCCAUGAGCAUUGUAGCACCAAAGUUCCUACAAUGUGUGUGGACUGGAGCAAUAUCAGACAACUCCUGUUGUUCCCAACACCAGGAGAAAGUGGUGGUCCGUCCUUACCCCCACUGACGUCUCGGCGAAUGAGAGAGUCCUUGUCUCGUUUUCCCAAUAGCGCUAUGCAUCGCUACUCUACGCCCCAUGCCUUCAACUACACCACGCCGUACCCGCCCACAGUGGGCUCUCUGUCCCAGAGGCAGCGCUCCACCUCCACCCCCAACGUCCACAUGGUCAGCACCACCCUUCCCGUCGACAGCAGCAUGAUUGAGCUAGACUGCCUGAUUGCCUCCCCCAGCUCCUGGUGCCAUAGAUUCUGGCUGAAGAGGAGAGUAGGUAUUGUGAAAUUCUCCCACUCUUUUGUUGAGGCGGCAUCUGAGAGCCCAGACAAGGAUGCCAUGCGGGAUCAUGAUUCUGCCGAGAGCUCUCCCAGUCAGAGCCCCACUGGUUGGGCUCCGGCCCAGCAUAGAACCCUGACCCCGGCCCAGCGGGAGCGGGCCACGUCCUUCAACACUCAGGAGAAGAAUAUCAUCAGGCCGAGGGACAAGCGGGACUCGAGCUACUACUGGGAGAUCGAGGCCUCCGAGGUCUUCCUGCAGUCCCGCAUCGGCUCCGGCUCCUUUGGGACGGUAUACAAAGGGAAAUGGCACGGUGACGUAGCAGUGAAGAUCCUGAAGGUGACGGAUCCAACACCGGAGCAGUUUCAGGCCUUCCGAAAUGAGGUGGCCGUCCUUAGGAAGACGCGUCAUGUCAACAUCCUGUUGUUCAUGGGCUACAUGACGAAGGACAACCUGGCCAUCGUCACGCAGUGGUGCGAGGGCAGCAGCCUGUACAAGCACCUGCACGUCCAGGAGACCAACUACAAGAUGUUCCAGCUCAUAGACAUCGCCCGGCAGACUGCACAGGGCAUGGACUAUCUGCAUGCAAAGAACAUCAUUCACCGCGACAUGAAGUCCAACAACAUCUUCCUGCAUGAAGGUCUGACGGUGAAGAUCGGGGACUUCGGCCUGGCCACGGUGAAGGCCCGGUGGAGCGGGUCCCACCAGGUGGAGCAGCCAUCGGGGUCCAUACUGUGGAUGGCCCCCGAGGUGAUCCGGAUGCAGGACAACAACCCGUACAGCUUCCAGUCAGACGUGUACUCCUACGGUGUGGUUCUGUACGAGCUCAUGACGGGAGAACUGCCGUACGCUCUGAUAGACCGAGACCAGAUCAUCUUCAUGGUCGGCCGAGGCUACCUGUGCCCUGACCUUAGUAAGCUCUACAAGAGCUGUCCCAAAGCCAUGAAGAGACUGGUGGCAGACACCAUCAAGAAGCUUAAGGAGGAACGCCCUCUGUUCCCUCAGAUCCUGUCCUCGAUCGAGCUGCUGCAGCAUGCUCUGCCUAAGAUCAACCGCAGUACCUCAGAGCCCUCUCUGCACCGGGCGUCCCACGCCGAGGACAUCGACGUCUGCACCCUCACCUCCACCCGCCUGCCGGUCUUCCAGACGCGCCUGUCACCGCUGCAUAUGCCCCCUUCGUCUUUCUCAUACAUGUCCAACGAGUUGUAGCAUAUAGAAACCUGAAGCGGUCCCAAAACGUCCCAACUCUUCCACAUAAUGCUGCAAAGAAACCAACAGGAUACAAGUUACAUGAACAAGUGUGUGUGUGUGUGUGUGUGUGUGUGUGUGUGUGUGUGUGUGUGUGUGUGUGUGUGUGUGUGUGUGUGUGUGUGUGUGUGUGUGUGUGUGUGUGUGUGUGUGUGUGUGUGUGUGUGUGUGUGUGUGUGAUUGGCUUAUAAAUGUGGUAGAAUUGAAGUCAUCACUAUGUGUCCAGAGGCUUGCUUACCCGCGGUGGGGGACAGUAGAAGGAAAAGUGUAAAUGUGUAAAAAAGAAUGUGUGCGCAGAACCUACCUAGAGAAAGAAACUAUUUUGACAUUGAAGGAAAAGAGAGGAACGGGUGUUUUCUCUCUGACUCUGGGCUGUUUGUGGUUUUAGGUGGGGGGGGGGGGGAGGGGGCUGUGCUUGCGUCUGCUGGCCCAGUUUUCCGAUGAAGAGGACGUUUUUGAAUGCCUACUUGCCUUUAAAGCCUGAACCUCAACCGCGCACAGUGUCGCCUCACGUGGGGCUCACAAAAAUAAGCGGUUGGAUGUAUUUUUUAUUUUUUUUUGCACAAUUGGGAUUUGGUGUAUUUUUUUCUGUUUUUUAUUCAGUGUCUUAAUCAAUCUGAUAUAGAUUUGGGAAAUUAUAUUUGCGCUAAAUGCCCUUUUUAAAUGCCCUUACCUGUAUUUUUUUUUUUUUUCAUAUUUUGGUUUGAAAUGGGGAUUGUGGAAGAAUAUACGCCAAUUGAAAGCAAGCGUACAUAACUUGAGGAAAACUUUGAUUUGCACAUUUUAGCUAAAGCGAUGUCUGAGCAUAGUUUUGCCUGUGGCUCUGUUAUAGAUGCCGUACGCUUUUUUUAAGCAACCUCAUUUUGAGUAUCAUCAUGAGCUGGAGAUUUUGGCUGUUGUCUUAAAUAUUUAAAAAACAAAAUAUUUGAGAGGAUAAUCAACUUUUUCAUUUUUUUUUUCAUGUCUGGUAGGAGAUUAAACUUUUUAUUUUAAACUUGUCAAAGUUUAUUCAAUGCUGUUUUAAUAAAAUUAAGUUAAAUUUCUUCGCUAAAUUGAGUUGUAUGCCGUUUAUUUUGAGUGUGUGAGAGCGAGAUUCCCAUAUUGUGACAGUAAACAUAACGUCUAAUAAGCCACUCGAUGGUGCUGCUGCUGCUGCCGUGUUGUUCUCUGGCUGUUGGUGAGUAUUCUCCCACAUGGAAGAGCAGUGUCUGGGUGAGAUGUAUGUUGUAGCAGUAGCAACACGGUGUUAACUGACUUGGGAGCCCGGCUCAGACACGCCACCACAGGGUAUUCUCUGGAAUUCCCACCUCUGGUGUUGCUGUUGGCAAGCCUACCGGAAAACGCCAAGGUUUAAAAAAGAAAAGAAAAAAAAAAGUAAAGUUCGACGUGGUGGAAAAGC